UAAGAGUUGGUUUUAAUCCUUUCUUUAGAACAUCCCUAUAACUCGAAGGACAAGAGUCGUUGCCUCCACUAAAAUCAUCUGAUAUGUUUUCCCUAUUGCACCUGCACCCAGAAGACAUGGUAAUGUUCGACCACCAGUAGAUUCAUCAACCGUAUAUCAGACUGCUGUUGGUGGGCUCAGCAUGACUGGUUGUUUGGCAGAUUUUUCUCUUUACAUUUUUCAUCCUUAUGGUGGAGGGAAAAAAGCUGGAGCAUCAGGAAAAGAAAGUCGAGAAACGUCACCUCUCACUACUAGUGAACGAAAAGAUUCCCUUAGUUUGCAAGUGGAAUUCGUAAAAGUAAAUAUUUCUCGGAGUAGAAAGAUUAAUUUAAGUCAUAUAGAAGGAAAUGUAUCUCAGAAACCAAACAGAAGUGGUGAUUCUGGAGGAGCUGUCAUUAGAUUUUCAGCUAUCUGUGACAUUGGAUCAGCUUCCUUUAAGUAUGACAUGAGACGUCUUACUGAAAUCUUAGCAUUUCCUAAAGCUUGGUAUCGACGGAGUAUUGCAAGACGAAUGUUUCUUGGAGAUCAAAGUACAAGUGCUCUGUAUAGUGAUCAAGAAGAUUCAGUAGAAACAAGUAGUAGCAGUGGAACAUUAUCACCAAGUGCUAGCAGAGCAGAAUGCUUUCCCUUCAGUUCUCCUCGUGUAUCUACUUCUUCCCAUACAUCCAUAGGAACUACACAAAUUAUAGACAGCUCAAUUUCGGUGACCACACCUAUCAAGUCAGAAUUGCAGUUGCCAUCACAAACAAUGGAUCAGUCAAUGGGUGAUGUAAAAAUUUCUAAUCUUGGAGUUAGUUCUUGUCUUUCUGAUGUGUCAGCAAGUGAUAUUUCUCACCCAACAAUUGUUCCUGAAGGAAGAAAGCAUAGUAGAGAUCAUCUAUGGUUAAAUUUAGGCAACAUACCAAAUUUUGUAGAAAGUUCUGAUUAUCAAAAUACUAGUAAGUUAGGAAGUUCAAAUGUUUCAUUUACUGAUUCUAAAGAAAGUAAGUCGUCACAGCAAUCAUCAACCCCAUUACAUACAAAUCGUUUGGGAAGCACAUGGGAAACACUAGUAUUAUUUGCUGUAAAUUUGUCAAAGUUAAGUGUUCAUAUGAAUAUGGGAAAUGUUAUGGGAAAUACAAUGUAAGUAUUUAAU